GUGAAUAUAAAUUGUAAUACUACUUAAGGAACCAUCGUCCUUAUAUAUCUUUGACCCUUGAAGUUCUCUUCAACAACCAAUACCAAGGGUACCUAAAAAUAACAUUUAAACUGAUCAAUGCCCUUUUGAUUGUACCACUCUCUCCGACCAUUGAUUAUAUUUCCUGCCCCGUCUUGAUGUAGCUCUUGAGAUACAAGUGGAAUAGAUGAGUGCUUAACUUUUCACCGAACCUUCAACAAUUCAACAAUACUUCAUCAACCCCAUGACCUCUCUCCUCUUACUCAAACCAACAUAAUGCCUACCCCUCGCUCCCGCGCGUCCUUUGAACCAAUAUCACCGGACCUGGACGUUACAUCUCUUGUGGAGUCUACUCCAAACUUCGAAUUGGCACCGAGAAUACCCUACGAGUCUAUCGAGGAGCAAGGACUAGACAGGUUUGAAAAGCUAGUAUUGCUUCAUGUGGUCAUUGGCGGAAAACCGCUAGUCAUCGAGGGAUUUGAACAGCUACUUGAUAAGGAUGUUUUCUCUGAGAAAUGGUUAAGAUGCAACUACAAUUCAAAGGUUGAAACCGCCCGCGAUCUGACGAACAAAUCCAACCUUGCACUCACUGUUGGCCAUUACCUCAAAAGCAUGCCUCUUCUGACCGACCAGUGGAACGAGCGUAACUAUAAAGACCGUGAUCGUCAGCGCAUAUAUCUGAAGGAUAUCGACUGCCCUGCGCUAUGGUACGAGAAAUUGAAGGACAUGACCCCCCCCGCGCUUUUCUAUCACAAUAACUCCGUGAGCAUACUUGAUAAUGACGGUGAAAUUCCAAGUCAGUCAUCACUAAACAGACAAAAUGUCUCAGUGGCUGGUGAUCUUAUGAGCUGUCUACCUAUCAACAUGCGCGCAGACAACCUUAUGUGCUAUAUAGGACAUGAAGGCACAUAUACACCAUCCCAUCGAGAAAUGUGUGCUAGUCUCGGUCAUAAUUUGAUGGUCGAGACGUCUACAGGACUCAUUGAGUACGGGAAAAAAACCAAACCAGGAUCUUCCAUAUGGUUCAUGACUGAAAGCAAAGAACGCAAGAUGGCAGCCGAAUAUUGGAUUUCUAAACUGGGCCAUGACAUCGAACUUGAGGAUCACUUUGCGCAGCUCAAUGCUUGGAGGUUGGCUCCUUUCAAGACCUACAUGGUCGAGCAAAAGCUAGGUGAUUUCAUUCUGAUUCCUCCCCUAGCUGUCCACCAAGUUUGGAACAGGGGCACACGCACAAUGAAAAUAGCCUGGAAUCGUACCACUGUGGAGACGUUGGAUAUGGCUCUGAAUGAAGCUCUACAUGGCGCCAGAAUGGUUUGUCGUGAUGAGCAGUACAAGAACAAAGCAAUUGUGUACUAUGCUCUCCAGCAGUACUCGGACAGGCUGCGCCAGUCUGGGCACAGUGGCGUGCUGCCACUAAAGGUCCGCCGGUUACAGAAAGAUUUCACGCGGCUAUUUACUCUUUUUACAGAGAUCCUUGUCUCCGAAAGCUUCUCAGAGAAGUUACAUGAAGAGAAUGUCGAGUUUCUUCCAUUUGAUGGCAACAUCACAUGUUCGUACUGCCGUUGCAACAUUUUUAACCGGUUUCUUUCUUGCCCAUGGUGCGCAGGGAACCAGCAGAAGACAGAGAUGGACCCUUACGAUAUUUGCAUGGAGUGCUACGCAAUGGGUAGGAGUUGCGCCUGUAUUUCAGGAUUGAAAUGGGUUGAGCAAUUUCGCUGGGGGGAACUCAUAGAAAAUCAUGAAAUCUGGUGGCGCCAGAUUCUCAAAUUCGACAGUUCUUGCCAUAGCCUCUCCCAGGCUCGUGGGCUAACUGGAAAAAAAGCCCUUGCUGAGGUUUGCCAGGAGGAGUUAAAAAAGCGACCAUGGGUGGAUAUUACCAAGCCUGUUGUCCGCGAGGUUGAAGGGGAUGGGCUAGACCUAGAUGAAGAUGUCGAGAGAGCUCACAAAAGACGAAAGAAGAGUAAGCCAUCCGCGAAGUGGCUCAAGGAAAUGGGACGCUGUCAUGUGUGCAAGACACUAGAUCCCCUUUGGAAGCUUGCAUCCUGCACAACCUGUGACGGAAAGUACUGUUAUGGAAGCCUUUUUCGGGCGUUCAACUGGAAACCGCAGGAAAUCAUGGAGACCCUUAAGUGGGAGUGCCCAAAAUGUCGUAAAAUUUGCAACUGUGGAGCUUGCCGUCGGAACCCUUCCAUGACUCCUUUUCAACAUACCAGCAUAUCUCUUGGUCAUGACACAAAAAAGAUAGCAGACCCCAGGAGUGUAGAGGUCCUGGUCAAUUUCAGUCAUUCAAAUAUUCAGUGGAUGAAAAAGGCUAACGACGAUUCCUCGGAAGACUUCUCGGUUUCCAAGAAACAUUUGAAGAAACAAAUCAUUGAUGAGCUUGAUAGUGGAACUCAACCACUCGAUGAUCAUCACAUUGGCGUCGAAGAGCACCCUGCUUCAAUACAGAAAGACUCUCCGGAUUUUGAGGACAUUCCUGUUGAUCCUGCACUGAAAAUGGUUUCCCAAGGAAUUGAUCAGUUUCACAAUGGACGUAUGACAUGGAAAGAGUCAGAUCUGAACCCGACAUUCGCAGCAAAAAGUGCCUUAGAUACAUUGUCAUAGUUUAUGGACGAGUUAGAGAGAAGGCAUGGCUGAAGAUCCAGGCAUAUAAUUCGCCAUAUGGAUACUAUGAUUGGUUCAUUGCUUUUGUUAGGUGCCUAAGCCCCUUUGUAAGCGUAACGAAGACUUUGAAGAUGAUUUAUAUCAAUCGAAUGCAUCAGUGCCUGGACGAUUAAGGCAACGAUCAACAUUGCUCCUGGAGUCAGAAAUAAAAGUAGGUGAGAGUUGCACGGCCAGCCCAUUGCUUCUAUUAGAUACACACCC